AAUCCGCUCGCUUGAUCUCAACCAGCCAGCAGCAGCAGUGGUCGCGAGAGCCUAGAUGUGCAAAACCCCUGGAAUAUCCGUGCGCUGGAGAGGCCAGAACCGACCACCGUGGGGGAGCGUCUUCAUUUAGUCGCCACAAGAGAAAGAGCCGCAGUGAAAGCAUGGCGGUAGAAGAGGAAGGUCUCCGGGUUUUCCAGAGCGUUAAAAUAAAAAUAGGAGAAGCAAAAAACAUCCCUCCUUACCCGGGGCCAAACAAGAUGAGGGACUGUUACUGCACUGUCAACCUGGACCAAGAAGAAGUGUUCAGGACCAAGAUUGUGGAGAAGUCAUUGUGUCCGUUUUAUGGCGAGGACUUCUACUGUGAGAUCCCUCGUAGCUUCAGACACCUCUCCUUCUACGUCUUCGACCGGGAGGUCUUCAGAAGGGGCUCCAGUAUUGGCAAGGUCGCUGUGAAGAAAGAGGACCUGCAGAAAUAUCACGGGAAAGACACCUGGUUCCAGCUGCAACCUGUCAGCGCUGACUCAGAAGUGCAGGGAAAAGUGCACCUGGAGCUGCGUCUUAGUGAAGUCAUCACAGACAGCGGAGUCAUCAACCAUAAACUGGCCACACGAGUUUUGGAGUGCCAAGGUCUUCCAAUUGUCAAUGGCCAAUGUGAUCCCUACGCUGCUGUCUCCUUACUAGGUCCUUCAAGGUCUGAAGCCAAGAAGACAAAGGUGAAGAGGAAAACCAACAAUCCACAGUUUGAGGAAGUGUUCUAUUUCGAGGUGACGAGGCCUUUGAGCUACACAAAGCGACAGUUUGAUGUUGAAGAAGAGGACGUGGACAAACUGGCACUGAGGGUCGACCUGUGGAACGCCAGCAACCUGAAGUUCGGGGACGAGUUCCUGGGAGGUGUUCGGGUUCCUCUGCGGGUCCUGGGUCAGGCUGGAGUCCACGACGCCUGGUACUUUCUGCAACCCAGAGAGAACGGAGGAAAGUCGGUGAAGGUGGACGAGCUCGGCUCUCUGCGUCUGAACAUCGUUUACACUGAGGACCACGUCUUCCCGUCUGAACACUACACUCCCCUCAGAGAUCUGCUGCUGCACUCUGCUAAUGUUGAGCCCGUGUCAGCGUCCACAGCUCACACUCUGGGAGAGGUGUGUCGAGAGAAACAAGAAGCUGCCAUUCCGCUCGUGCGUCUCUUUCUUCAUUAUGGCAAAAUAGUGCCUUUCAUCAGCGCCAUUGCUCACGCUGAAGUCAACCGCACACAGGAUCCAAACACCAUUUUCCGGGGAAACUCGCUGACUUCUAAGUGCAUUGAUGAGACCAUGAAGCUGGCAGGAAUGCACUAUCUGCAAGUCACACUGAAACCAAUCAUAGAUGAGAUCUGCACAGAACACAAGUCCUGUGAAAUCGACCCGGUGAAGCUUAAAGAGUCGGAGAACCUGGAGACGAACAGGGAAAACCUUCGUCAGUACGUAGACCGCAUCUUCAAUGUGAUCACAACCUCUGGCGUUCGCUGUCCCACCGUCAUGUGUGAUAUCUUCUUCUCUCUGAGAGAAUCUGCUGCCACUCGUUUCCAAGUCGACCAAGACGUCCGAUACACAGCAGUGAGCAGUUUUAUCUUCCUGCGUUUCUUCGCUCCAGCCAUCCUCUCACCAAACUUAUUCCAUCUACGGCCGCACCAUCCAGAUCCCGCCACCUCUCGAACCCUCACCCUCAUCUCCAAAACAAUCCAGACCCUCGGAAGUCUCGCCAAGUCUAAAUCUGCCAAUUUUAAAGAGUCUUACAUGGCUGCAUUUUACGACUACUUCAAUGAGCAGAAAUAUGCAGACGCUGUGAAGAAUUUCCUGGAUCUGAUCUCCACCUCUGGAAAAUGGGAUCAGAAGAGCAUUGAAACACCAAUAAUGCUCAAGGAAGGAUUUAUGAUAAAGAGAGCACAAGGGAGGAACCGAUUCGGAAUGAAGAACUUCAAGAAGAGAUGGUUUCGCCUUACCAACCACGAGUUUACCUACCACAAAACGAAAGGUGAGGGAGCUUUGUGCAGCAUUCCCAUAGAGAACAUUCUGGCUGUGGAGAGGCUGGAGGAGGAGUCUUUCAAGAUGAAAAAUAUGUUCCAGGUUAUUCAGCCAGAGCGGGCACUCUACAUCCAGGCCAACAACUGUGUUGAGGCACGAGACUGGAUCGACAUCCUGACCAAAGUCAGCCAAUGCAACCGCAAACGCCUGAGCACCUACCAUCCUUCAGCCUACCUCAAUGGCCACUGGCUCUGCUGCAAGCUCUCAGCCGACGCGGCCCCGGGGUGCACACCCUGCACUGGUGGUCUCCCGGCAAAUAUCCAGCUGGAUGUAGACGGAGACAGAGAGACUGAGAGGAUUUAUUCCCUCUUCAGCACAUACAUGACCAAACUGAUCAAGAUGCAAGAGGCAUGUGGCAGUAAAUCAGUGUAUGACGGGCCCGAACAGGAGGAGUACUCCAGCUUUGUCAUCGAUGACCCUCAGGAGACCUACAAAACCCUGAAGCUGAUAGUUUCAGCUGUGCAGACGUUGGAGCAGCAGCAUACCAAGUACAAACGGGACAAGUUCAAGAAGACAAAGAUAGGCAGCCAGGAGCAUCCAAUUGGAGACAAGAGUUUUCAGUGCUACAUCCGUCAGCAGUCUGAGAGCUCCACCUACUCGAUCUAGCCAUGGAACUGUAAACUGUUUCUAUGAUGCCCAGAACCAGCAAAUUUUUCUUUACUGCAAAAAAAAAUCCACCUUAACAAAGCUCAGCGGCUGCGUAGAUGGACUUUUUUUUUUUUUUUUGCAGUCUCAAAGUGCAUCACUCCAAAUUUGGAGAAACAGACCUCAGACCAGCAAGAAAAAAACAAGAGGAACAAUUGUGGAGUGGAAGGAGAAGAAGAGAUCAUCACACCGUACAUCUGUUUUGGAUCUCCUCUCUGUGAUGUGACGAGAGAACAAACGUUUUCACUGGACAGCUUUUUGACAGUGACCAACACGCACUUUAAUCACCUCCAAAUCUGGAUGAUCAAGCCUCGCAGCACACUUUCAAAAAAAAAAGCUUAUUUUAUCUGUUUGAUUUGUAUUUGGUUAUUUUAAUGGUUGUUUAAAUGUUCCGUUGUAUUUCACAUCAUGACAGACCAAACUCUAGAAGGAAGGACUGUAAUUUUCCCCUCUUUGGGCAGUGUUGUUCCCAUGUACCUUUUUUUUUCUUAGCUUUGCCCCCCCUCUCCUCAACCUCCUCAGGAAGGCUGUGAAGGUUGAGGGGAUUCAAGAAGGGAUUUUCGGGACCAAGCACAGCCCAGAGCAACUUGAUGAUAGGUAUCAAAAAUCACUCCAUGCACAAUUUUACCCCUCAUUUUUAAUCCUUAUCAGCAGCAUGACAACAGAUGUAUAGGUUCAAGUUUCCAUGUUUCAUUUGAAACCUUGUUUCGUUGUGGUUGGAUAUCGUGCCUCUGUGUGAUCAUUACCCACGUUGAAGGAGUAGCAUGUUGUUUUUUUAGUUGUUUUAUCUGCUUACACAGAGUCUUUGAAUGCUGUUUGAGGGUAUGUUGCUUAGCACAAAGGUCAAGUUGUAGGUUCUCUUUAAAGUAAGGUUAAAUGUCUUAUUACUGAAAUCCAUCUUGAUUGUAAAUAUAAAUUAGAGUUUGUUAAACUUUAAAUCCUUUUUUGCAGUAGUGGAUUAUUAGAUGAUCAUGUGCUUACAAUAUGCACACAGUGGCCACUUUAACAGGUAUAUUUAUACUAUCUAUUGCAAUUUAAUACAACAGCUCAGCCAUAAAUUUAACAUAAUAAUGUUCAGUUUUCGUUGCUUUGUCAGAAAUACAUACAUUUAAUUAUG